GAUAGCAGGAGUUCCCUCGGCGAAUAUGCAAAGAUGGCGUCGUCCGCAAGUGACGCGGGCCCUGUGAACGCGCGCCGGAAAGCUCUCUUCGCGGCAGUAUGUUCGAUCUGUGUCGAAACUGGCUUCUCGAGCGCAGAGCGAGUAGCAGUCGAGUCUCUGGUGGAGAUGCUUCAAAGCUGUCUCGUCGAGAUCGCCCGAAGCAGCAGAGCCUUUUGCGAGCUCUCCGGGAGGACCGAGGCCUUGUCCGGAGAUGUCUUCGUGGCCCUCAUAGAAAUGGGCAUCAAUGUGGAAUCGUUAUGGAGCUUUGUCAAGCGUCCGAACCGCAUCACACUGCCAACACCUGGCUUACAGACACGAUCGUCGAUGCCAAAGAUCCUGCAGGCUGGAGACAAGAAGCCCCUGCCACCUCACAUCCCCGAACACAUGGUGCCCUUUCCUGAUCCACACGCCUACAUCCGGACACCGACACACAAGCAGCCUGUGACGGAGUAUGAAGCUAUUCGGGAGAAGCUGGCCAGCCAGAAGCGAGACGUGGAGCGUGCCCUGACCCGUUUUGUGGCCAAGACAGGCCCCACUCAGAGCCUCUUUGCAGACCAGUCAGCUCCAUUUCCUCUGAUAGCUUGCAAGCCAAUGGCCCAGCCAUACCUAGCAGCGCUGCUUCCCAAGGAUCAGGUGUUUGAGCAGCAGGAAGAGGAACAGGCCAAGAGCAGUCCCGAAAGGCCACCCGAGCUUGUCGACAACCCUUACCUGCGCUCGGUCAAGAUGCCACGAAAGCGCAAGCGGUGACUUCUUGACACAAGGACAAUGUGCGCAUGCUUGACUCACUCUUUAAGAAGAAUGGCUGUAGCAAGCUGGCGGCAAGGAGACUCUGUAGAGCCAAGUAGCCUUUGAAGUUUUGUUGACCACCAAAUGCUCAAGUCUGAGAAGAAACAGACAGCCAACCAGAGCUUCUAUAUGGCAUCAUUCUUGGCUUGACUAGUUAGUUGGUGACCUUGAGCUUCACUGUGGAAUGUUGGCAACUUGCUUUGCUAUCUUGCAUAGCUACUUGUGCACGGAUGUUUUGUAAGACGGAGUGGCUGAAACUGUGAUAGCUUUUCUUUGCAAUGUUGAUGCAGGACCCUAAACAAGUAUUCUGUAGUGUGAUGCUGGAGACUGUUGUAAUAGCAUGGCGUCAAUAGUGGACCAGCAUCGCGACUGCUACACAACUGUCAGUACACAGUCAACCAAAGUGCUGACAUCACCUGGGUGGCAGUAAAGGUUGUGUAUGUGCACAUUUCUAGACGGGCAAUUUUACUGGUGUUCUGCAUCAUGCAAUGUUUGCAGGCAGACAGGGAACUGUGGGCUUGCAUUAUACCAAAUACACAGUUCAGAGGCGACUAAGGACAUGCAAAAAAAAAACAUAGGCAGAUGCUUUGUUGCUAUUCUGACUUGUCAUGUUUUAGUGGCAAGACACUUGUGUUUACUCUGAAAUUUUGCACACCCUCUCAGGUGUAAUUUUGUUCCAUAGCUGUAAAUGCAAUACCUGCAGCUGCUCCCUUUCUCAUAAGAGUGCGCCACAACCUUUGCUAUCAGUAGUGCCAUGUGCUUCCAAGUGAUGCUGACUGGAAAGCACAACAUACAGCAUUAAAGAAAGAAAAUGCUCACAAGUAGUAUUAUUGCAGAUAAAAUUAUGCCGCAAAGGCGUAAAAAAAAAAAAUUUAAGUUCGCCUGUGUUAACCAGGAGCCGUACUAUGUAAGAAUUCUUUUCCUUCAAUUCUAUUCUCUUAUAUCCCUUUUCAGCAAGUGGCCUGUACGAAAAGCAUGGUAACACCAUGCCUUUGGUGUUAUCAGCUAAUGAUCAAGGACAAAAAUAGAAAAUGAAAUCUGUUGCAUGAUACAGGCCCAGAGUAAAUCCAACACUCAGACAAAGGUACAGCCUUUGGGGCGUAUAUCUGCCACACAACAAGAAUCGUCAUCUGCCCUGCUUGCGUUUCCUUUCUUGAAAACGCCGCGCCCGUUACUUUCCUGUUGGGAAUGCUAUGUCAUGCUGAUAACGCGCAUGCCGUUCGUUACUGGGAAGUACCGGGCUCGCAGCGUUAAAGAAAGGAAAUACGGACAAGACAGAUGACGUUUAUUGUUGUGUGGCAAGAUACAACUCAAAGGGGGUGUAAUUUUGUUUUAGAGUGAAUGAUUACAGUUACUUUGGACAGUUAUGGCUACUACAUUGCCAUAUGUCUGUUGGCUUUGCCUUGUAGUUUUCAUCAGUUCUUGCACUGCAUGUUCUUUUAGGCUAUUUAGAAACAUUCCACUUUGAUAACCUUGUUUUUAUUGUUAGUAGCAGCUAACUUCCUGUAAUGUUGAUGAUAACACUUUAUACAAAAACAAUGCAUGCAAGCAGGGCAUCACACUUAAAAACUUGAGACCCUGAUGUUCAGGGCAGUGUCUCCUCGUCUGUAAUAGCCAGUGACGAGGAUGAACAUUAAAGUGCAUAUUACUGAUGUUGCGUGUACAGCAUUAUUGCAGAUUUUGGUGCGCAAAGGCGCUUUUCCAUAGUGACUGUUGUGGCAGAAAAUUACACUACACAGACCAGGAGCCAUAAAAGUGCAUUUGAAAGUAAUAAAAUGUGCUUACUGAAA